AUGACACGACCUUGCGUCUUGCACACAUCAACCCAAACGCUGAUUGUUCCCUGCUGGCCAGCCCAACAGCGAAAAAAACGCACACGGACACAGACGAGACAAAAGCUGGUGCGUAAGGAGGCUCGUCAGGUGCUCGCGGGCGUGUGUAUAGCCAGCCGUUUUCUUUUUCCUGUGGUCCGAGAACACAUCCUUUCUCCGCGGAACUCUCCUCAAAUCUCUUCCCGUAAAACGGGAGGCUUAACCUGUGCAGAACCAAGCGUGUGGCACCUUACCUGCGUGCGUGCGUGUGCGUGAGUGAGUGUUUAUUUGUGUACACACACCGGGAUUUCCCUGCGGUUUUUCUGCGGCGGAAGUAAAUAAAAACGUAUUAAUCGGCAAACGGUAACGACACAUCGGUCCUUUCCGGUGCAAGCUGGUUCCUUUCGGGUGGAACCGAACCGUUCUAUUGCAACUAAUACUGCGGCAAAGGAGGUCAGGUCUUUCACUUGCAACUGGGCGAAAGCGACACGGGGCGACAGAGAAAGAAGCAAAAACGUCAACUGCGGCGAUCUCGCUGCUUGCUAUGGUGACUGUGCAGUUGUGCGCGAGUAUGUGUGUGCGUGUGUGUUUAUGUGUACGCGUUGGGUAGAGGACGGCGUCGGUACACGACGGGCAUCCCACUGCUUGCUAUGCGGCCUGCAAGAAGUGCUAGUGAAUGUGUGAGUUUGAAAUUGAAGAAGUGAAAAGUGAAAACAUCAAACACCCUACCGAAGACGGCCCACAGCACACACACAUACCGUUUCGUUCCCUUUCUCUCUCUCUCUCUCUUUCUCUCUCACUCUCUCCUCCGCCCUUGUUUGCCGUCUGUGUCGGUUGAUGUGGCUGCCAGCCUGCUUGGCAUACCACCAGCACCACCACCCUCCAUCGCUUCCGACCACCCAAUCCAACCGGAUCCACCCUUUUUAAUAAUAUCAUUUCGGUGCGGGACACCGAAACAAUCCCCGUGACUCUCGUUAUCCGCGCCUUCCUGUCGGCAUUAGGGGGCCGGUGCUGCGGGUCCACGGCUAUUAUCCACCGGAGCGCAUCGGGUAGGCAAAGCGAAAAUCUUCGCCAACAGCCAGCCAAACGGGCAAAGAAAACAAAACUCCCCGACCGAACAAACACACAGGAAAAGCUCCCGUUUAACACACAGCCGAGCGCGUGUGUGUGUGUGUGGAGUGUGAUCGUGAAAAUAUCAUCUCCCCCCGGACGGCGAACGUGGUUCCCGUCCCGUGUGGCGGCUAGGGCUCGCACCUAACCGUCGACCGUGUGGUGGUUGGGUGCAUAUACGUGACAUUGUAGAGCUGGUUGCACUUUCCGGGCCCGAGCUCCAGCACCAAAUCCCCGGAACUGCACGCAACGAACGCACGAUGGACCAUUUAUCCAAACCAGAAGUGAGCGCGGUCGUCGAGUUCGACUACACGGCCAAGGAACCGGACGAGCUGACGCUGAAAAAGGGUGCCAUCAUAACGAACAUCAAGGUGCAGGAUGGUGGCUGGUGGGAGGGCACACUGGUCGCGACCGGACGUACCGGCGUGUUUCCGGACAACUUUGUCCGUGUGCUGGAAUCGCAGGACAAGACGCAGGUCGUGCUCAGAGAUAAAAGUGCGACGCUGAAUCGAAGGUGUAAAGUCAUCUACAGCUACCAGGAGAACAAAGCCGACGAACUAACGCUAGCGGUUGGUGAUGUUAUCGAGUUUUUCGAAGAGGUCGAGGAAGGAUGGUGGCGCGGCAAGCUGAACGGGCGAGUCGGUGUGUUUCCGUCCAACUUUGUAGAGAUGAUCGAAUCCGUCUCGCCCAAAUCGUCCAGCCGCAAAAGUGGCAACGUGGGCGGGCUGGGCGUAACAGCGAUCGAUGGCACUGGCAGCAUUAGCGGUCCGUCGGCGGGUUCGUUAGGCGUCAGCCUUUCCAAAAACAACAGCCUCAACAAAAGCCGCACCAGCUUGAACAGCUCGCGGGAGGACCUCGAUCGGCACCACGAUGCACCUUCGCUGCCGCCGAAACCGGUGCGCGAGCUGUGCAAGGUACUGUUCGCCUAUCAACCUGCCAACGAGGACGAGCUGAAGCUGGUGGAAGGUGACAUCAUAACGAUCCUCUCGAAGGAACUGCCCGAUAAAGGCUGGUGGAAGGGUGAGCUGCGCGGUCGGGUCGGUGUGUUUCCGGACAAUUUCGUUUCCCUGCUCCCGCCCGAGGGUGGCAAAUCGUCGUCCGCACACAUAUCGGCCUCGGUUCGAUCGCUUGCCAGCAGUACGCCGGGUGCAGCGGCCACCGGCAGUCUACACCAUCCGGGUGUAGUGUCGCCGGUAAAGGAUCCACUGCACGUACCCAAACCGGACCGUCCGCCCGCAGCGAGCAAGAUGCAAAUGUUUGGCAAGCAAACGUCCAACUCCUCCCCCUCCUCGGUGACCACCGCCUACCGCAAGGAAAGCUUCGGGUCGAAGGAUUCGUUGAACGAAUCGACCGGCAGUGUGGGAAGCGUUGGUGGUGGCGCUGGUUCGGUGACCGGUUCGCCGACGUACAACAGCGUUGCCGCCCACCGGAAGUCACUCGAAAGCAAGACCACGGACAGUGCCGCACCACCGGCGACGACCUGCGGCGGCGGCGGCGGCCUCGUAACGGAGAAACCUCCGCGCAAAAGCUUGGAAAACAAAACGUCCGAGAUACGCAAAAGUUUGGAAAAUCUGGACGACAAGAAGGCAACGCCACCCCCGGUGCUGGGUAAAAAGCCGCAGGUGCCGAUCAAAAAGUCUCCCUCCAUCACGAGCGUAACGGGGAAUCUGUUUUCCGGGCUGAAGCAAAAGGUGAAGGGCGGACCGUCGAUCGACAAGAGCGACAACAAACCGGUGGACGAACGGGACGGGGUCGGCAGUAGCAAGGCGGCAGGGGCGCGGUCGGAGGUGGCGGACAACGGCGAUCGGUCGAUCGUUGGCGAGCGGAUCGAGGUGGAGCUGGGCCACGUGGAGCGGGGCACCUCGGUACUGAAGGAUAUGCGAGCGAACCGAGCGAAGGCACCGAAACGGCGGCCACCCUCCUCGCCGAGCAGUAUUAUUACGACCGAUCCGAACGCAACCGGAAGCAUUACGGCCAACGGUGGUUCGUUGAGCAAUGGGAAUUCGGGCCUCUUCAAUCAACUGUCGCUUUCGUUCGAGGCCGACAGUCCAAAGCCGGACCUGAUGGCUAACGCGCCGUUCGGUUCGAACUCCGCCACCGUGCAGCAGGGUGACGGCGAGGAAUCGUUGCCCAAGGUACCGAAACCGCGCGAAUGGGAGAAGAACAAGGUGCCGUGGAUGGACGAGCUGAAAGCGAGCCAGGCAAAGAAGACGACCGCAGCCGAAAGCAAAUCACCCGAGCACGCUCACCAUCACGUCGUUUCGUCAUCCCAAACCAGUCAGCAGGAGGAGACGAGCAUUUCGAAAUCAUUCCAUGCGAGCGCCACCACCACUACCGGUACACCACCGAUCGGGCCGACGGGUGGUAAUGCUGUCCGUGCCCGGCUAAUGGAACGAUCCGCCACGACGACGAGUGUCCCGUCGGAAGGCAACCAUACCAGCAGCACGAACAUGAACAGUUCCUUCGAUCUGAUUGCGUCCUGCAAUCGGAAGGAAGCGAACACCGUCAGCAGUUCCGGUGCGCAGCAGCAACCGCAUCUUCCCGCCACCGUCGAACCGUCCAGCGUCAGCGCGAUGACCAAAUCGAUGUCCGCCCUGUCAACCACCACGACCAAGAUUGCCAUCUCCUCCUCGUCCACCGGGUCGGUCUCUUCCAGCACGUCGGCCGUGACCGAAAACAAUGGCACGCAUGAACCGGAAACGAAGGCCGCCACCACCACCACCGCCGCCCCGGCGCCAAACAGUCGCCCGGUCAGUGUGAACCUCCGGAGCACAAGCAUCUCACCGACGCCCCAGAACCGCAAUGCCAAAACGAUUCACAUCGUGGGCACGACCACCGGUGCGAGUAAACCCGCGCCCACCUCGACCAUGCUGGUGGCAGCCGAAUCGACCAAUGCUACCCCCGUCGCGCUGGACAACGUGUGCAAUCGGGUGCAGGAGCUGGAGCAGAAGGUGAACCGGAUGGAGCGCCAGCUAGCGACACAGAACGGGCUGAUCGAGGAGCUGACGCGGCUGUUGCGCGGCGAAUCGGACAAGGUAAAGACGCUACAGCGGGAGCUAGAAAAGUAUGCACAGUGCGUCACGCAGGUAUGAUGAACGGAGUAACCUCCCUAACGGAAGUGGGAACGGUUUUUUUUUUUUUGUUUUGCUUUUUCGCGCCUAGUAUUACAUUUUAUUCAUAUUUGCUGCUAGCAAAGCAAGCGUGGCGGCCACUUACAAGAUGGCCGUCGUCUUCGUGUACAGGUGAAUUGAAUAGUUACGGUAGGGAGGGCGUAUAGAGAUCGGAUUGUCGCAGAAGCACAAACGGAAGGCCGUAGAUCCGGCGGAUUUAGUAAUUGUUUUCUUGGGACCCGUAUUUGUGGAUUAGAAUUUAUGUUUGCGGUACGCGCUAGUGUGUGUGUAUCAAUGCCAUUCAAAAGGUGUGGAAUGCUUGGUGUACAGUGUGCGAUAGACGCAAGCACGCAACAGAAUCGUAGGUAUUAUCAGUUAUUAACCCUCUACUUACCGAAGAGUAUCGGUUUUCUUUCGAGUGUGUGGACCGGUGGAUGACACGCACACACGCCCGUAACUAGUAGUAACGUAAGCGCGCUAACGUUCAUUUCCUAUCAAUCAUUCCAAUCGCUGCUUUUCUAGCCUACUACUACCGAUAGCAAAUACCGUACGGAUACUAUAUAUAGACAUAUACAUUAAAGCCUAUAAGUAUUGACACCCGCAGGAAGGAAAGAUUAGUGAGGGUUCCGAAAACCCAAUUCCCAAACAACUAAAACAACCACGCAGCAAUUGAAACUAACUAAAAAAAAGGUGGGUCGAUCGGAACGACGAAUUCGGUCGCGGCCCCAUCAUCAUCAUAACACUAAACGUUGGAACGAGAGCUGAGAUAUAACGAUGAAAGAGAGCGAACCCCUGGGUACGAACCCGGUACGGAUUUGUUGAGGUUUGUGGCUUGCUUUUAUAUAUAUAUAUAUACAAUCACACGCAUACAAUUACGUACACAUAGUUAGUGACACGAUUCCUCCCGCAAGACGUAAAACGUUUAUUCCGAACCACAACCCGCAAGCGGUCAUCGAUAGGAACGUAGCUGGAUGUAGGGUAGAAGCGGGCAGGCAUAUUGCAUUUCGUCAUUUACCAUUAAGCAUGCCCGAUCGCGAUCGAGCGUACGCGAUCUGGGGCUAAUGUGGGACCGCAAAAGAAAAUCCGUAACCUACUGUAACCGUGCCCGCCGUGUUGUGCUGGGAGGCCGAACUGCAGCCAGCCAGCAUGGUGCAGUAGCGUGUAGCAAUAGUUGUAGUCCGAUACCUUAGUUGUACUUAAGCCCGCGGGAGAACGAGGAUCACAUUAAAAGUAUGAAAAGCGCGCAACUGGAGCAUACAUUCCCA